AUGCCAGAGUGGACGCUGCCGACGCCUGCUCUCACGGCCUCGGAGCCAGUAAAAGCUCUCCAGACUUGCCCUAUCUGCCACAAUCUUGACAGAAGCAAGAUCAUAUAUUGGAAGGGUGGUCCGUCAAGGCACAAGAUGUUUUUGCGGUACUAUCAAAGUAGUGACUAUCACAGUGUUCCUGUUCCUUUGAAGGAUCUGAAAUUUUCCGCCAGUCGAGAGUGCCCUUUCUGUGUCAUUGUCUUUGACAUAUUCCGAUGGCUUGCGAGGACAAAAGCUGCUGGUCUGAAUGCGAUUUAUCAAGCCAAAGUUGAGCUUUGUGUUCCAUUCAACCCGAAACUUCCUGUCGUCCUGACGUACUGCUGGUUACCUCUUCCUGGAGCACCAAUACCGCGUCAGUACGACUUUCAAAUUUCCGUUCCUAGCCAAUGUUUGAGUCUACCGUGGUCUAUUCUGAAUGUAGGUCAGCAAAUACCCAAAGAUCCAUGGCUAGGCAGGUUUAGGCCACGGAUGUGGUUGCAAAAUUGUCUCCAGCAUCACGACAAAGGCAGAUGCAGGAGCAGCCCUGAUGGCGCGGCCUUGUCGAUGCCCAAGCGGCUCCUGUUUCUUGGUGCGGCCAACAACGAUUCUUACCAGAAUCAGAUUAGGUUGAUGGAUGGCUUCGAUGGCGAACACGUCCCUUAUAUCGCUCUCAGCUACUGCUGGGGCUCAUCAAAACAUGUCAUCACAAAGACGACCAACUAUUAUCAACACCUAGAGAAGCUUCCGUGGGCUACCCUUCCUGCAACGUACCGUGACGCAAUCAAAUUCACCAGAGCCGUGGGAUAUCGCUAUCUCUGGAUAGACGCGCUCUGCAUCAUACAGGAUGACAACGGCGAUUGGAGCAGCGAAGCCUCUCAUAUGGCCGACAUUUACAGCCAGGCAAUUUUGGUCAUCUCAGCUGCCAAUGCAAACCACGUGGGCUUUGGCUUCCUCCAGGAGCGUCCUGGAUCGCGUGAAUUCAAGAACAGGCUGAGACGAAGACCUGAAGAGCCGACACAUGUGCUAGUGCAGGAGCCCGCCGUGCACAGCAAUAUAUCGGGCGAUUUUGCGUCGGAAGGGACACUGCCACUGUUCCGCAGAGCUUGGACGCUGCAGGAACGACUCCUUGCGACGCGAAUCUUACAUUUUACGGCUGCAGAGAUGGUUUGGGAAUGUGCGAGCACGUCCCUGUGCGAAUGUGGCCAUCUCGAGACCACCAAUACAGUAACCUCAAGACGGCUGUACGAUCUCUCGAGCUGCGAUCCCACCAGUGAUACCGAACGAGCGAAGGUAUGGGACCAUCUGGCCCUGUCUUAUCAACAUCGCUCGCUCACUAACGAUCGAGAUCGAUUACCUGCACUUUCCGGCCUCGCUCAUCGCUUUCAGAAUGACGGCCUCGGCCAUUACCUGGCCGGUCUCUGGUCCAAUUUUGCAAUAAGCAUGAUGUUGUGGGAAGUCAAGGAGGGCAGACGAGCUUCAGAAUAUGUGGCACCCUCCUGGUCCUGGGCGAGCAUACAGGGACGCUUGAAACGCGAGGAUCCCAUUCAACCCAACAGCGUCUUCCAAGCCGUCCUUCUCGACAGCGGUUGUGCAUAUGCAGCCGGUGAUGUGUACGGUGCAAUCGUUCCAGGGUCGGCCUAUGUCACAAUCUCAUCUCCAUGUCUUGAUGGCACUAUAAUUCGAAGCGAACGGAACGGACACCCUAUCAUAUGUUUGACUCCAAGAAUACACGCUUUCCUGGAGAGCGACGCCCAUGUAGAUGCAUCUCAGUUCGGCGCCAUGGUCAAAUGUGUUCUCCCUCGUGGCCUUGAAGAGGGUCCGUCUGGGCGCUACAUCGAAGCGCUGGUCUUGAGGCUUUCUAAGAAUCUGAAGGAUUACCAGCGGAUUGGGAUUGCACAUAUCAACAAGUACACUCUGCAGGAACUACAAAAUCCCGAUGAAGGUCUCCGUCCGAUCAUUGAGACUAUCAAGAUCAUCUGA